AACUAGGUUGGAGCGAGACGCAGAGCUGAAGAGAGCUGGAAGAAGAGCCGCUACUUCUUAUUAUAUCGCUGCAAUUUAUUACAAGUGUUAGGAGCUGAGAGAAUCUACUAAGUCGAGACACAGCACUGCGGUUUAUGCCUGUUUAAGGUCAACGUGUAUGAAGAAAGAGUAGAGAAUCCAUAUGAGGAUUUGUUGUGACAGUUCUCAUCUGCUCCCGGUUGGAGCGAAUAACUGCGCGUCAGUCUUUGUGAUUUUUGGCUUCUUUUCCACCUGGAGAUACAUGUUCCCAAGAACUGGUUAAACUUCACCACCAAAAUGAGAGCUCAAAUAGAAGUGAUUCCGUGUAAAAUCUGUGGGGACAAGUCAUCAGGAAUUCACUAUGGUGUCAUCACCUGUGAAGGCUGCAAGGGUUUCUUUCGACGCAGCCAGCAGAACAAUGCUAUGUACUCCUGCUCACGGCAAAGGAAUUGCCUAAUUGACCGGACCAACCGUAAUCGUUGUCAGCACUGCAGGCUGCAGAAGUGUCUCGCUCUGGGCAUGAGUCGUGACGCCGUGAAGUUUGGUCGUAUGUCCAAGAAGCAGCGUGACAGCCUGUAUGCAGAGGUCCAGAAACACCAGCAGUCCCAGGAGUGUGCAGGGGUUGGUUCCCGCGAGGAGAACAGUGACAUGGCUGACCACGGCCGCACCUACAGGAGAGGCUCCAGUGCCACACUCAGCGACCUGGACGAUAUCACAACGCUGCCGGAAGGCCUGCUUUUUGAUCUGCCGCUGACCCCAGAAGAUGCAGGUGGAGAGUAUUGUAACCUGGACAUGCUGGGAGGAAGUGGAGGCAGCAGCUCAUCCUCUCAAAGCUCACCAGAACAGACCAACUUGGACUUUGUUGACGGGAACCACAGCAUCAAGCAUGAGUACCAGCUAUUGCACGAUUCUGGACUCUUCUCACAUGCUAUCCUCAACCCUCUGCCAGAGGGCUGCUCCCUGCUUGACAUAGAACGUAUAACCCAGAGUGUGGUAAAGUCCCAUAUUGAGACAAGCCAGUACGGUGCAGAAGAGCUGAAGAGAAUGGCAUGGACCUUGUACAGUCCAGAGGAGACACGCUCAUACCAGACCAAGUCAGCUGAGGUGAUGUGGCAACAAUGUUCUAUUCACAUCACCAAUGCUAUCCAGUAUGUGGUAGAGUUCGCCAAGCGCAUCUCCGGCUUCAUGGACCUCUGUCAGAACGAUCAGAUUAUCCUCCUCAAAGCAGGAUGUAUGGAUGUUCUUCUGAUCCGUAUGUGUCGGGCCUAUAACCCCAUCAAUAAUACAUUGCUUUUUGAUGGAAAGUUUGCCACCGCUCAGCUUUUCAAAGCUCUCGGCUGCGAUGACCUUGUGAGUGCAGUGUUUGACUUGGCUAAAAGCUUGAGCCGUAUACAGAUGACUGACGAAGAGAUGGCUCUCUUCAGUGCUGCUGUACUCCUCUCACCAGACCGGCCCUGGCUAACAGAUGUCCAGAAGAUACAGAAGUUGCAGGAGAAAGUUUAUGUGGCUCUCCAGCGCUGCCUGCAAAGAGAAGGAGAAUCAGAGGAGAAGCUGGCUAAGAUGGUGUCUAAGCUUCCCAUAAUGAGGUCCAUUUGCAAUCUUCAUAUUGACAAACUGGAAUUUUUCCGUCUGGUUCACCCUGAGACUGCAUAUACUUUUCCUCCUCUGUACAGGGAAGUUUUUGGCAGUGAAAUUACCUUCCCAGACUCCACAGAGGGCUAAUUUAGUCCCUUAGUCAAAUGGCAUGAUUCUUGUAACAAUAUUGAGGUGUUUUUAGAGGAGGACAAAAAUGUGGCAACCGGCAGUGGCAAAAACUAACCAGCAGCCCAAUGACAAGUCCUGCACGCUACACUUUAGCACACACUCCUCUAACCUCUAAACUCCUAACUCUGGAGUAGCUUUCACUGCCCUGCAAGCCAGUCCCUUCAACUUAACAUUAUUAAGUGUUGCUGCUGGGUAAUCUGUGCAUGUUACCUCCUUUUUAAGGAGUAAAAAAAUUAUUGAAGAGUAGCCUACAAAAUUUGUAAUUUAAAAAAAAUUAUUUUUCUAUGAUACACCUUAAACAGCUCACUGAGUUGAAUUCCUUUUUAAAAAAAAAUUGUCAUUGUUCUCACAGUUCCUGUAAGCGAUUGUUGAAUGUACUCCCCUCUUCCCUUAACCAUCCAGCACAGCCCUGGGCUUGAUAUAGAAUGUACAUAGCUGAAAUCCUCACCCACUUUGUGGAGAUUUGCAGUAAUGAUGCCUGUUUCAGUUUCACUUUAGUAACAGUUCAUUGUUUCAUUUUAUUCUGUAUUUUUGGUAGCACCCAUAGUUUGCAGUUUUGUAAUGUGAACAAACUGUUUAAAGGGACCAUGAUCAAACUCAUAAGCAGGCAAGGUUUUUAAACUGUUUGAAUCAUUGGCAAAUGUUCAGCUUGGCUAUGGCCUUGCACCUACAAACACUUUUACUCAGAGCACACAACAUAGCACUUAGGCUGAAAUGGUUUAAGGUGUUUUUACUAGCAUACCCUCAGAUACUGAUGAAACUGAACUCUGAGUUCUUCUUUUUCUUUUCAAUGCAAUCAGUGACCUCAGUCCAAAUACCUUUUCCCUUUGCAAAUGCCACUUACAGAGUGAGAUAAUCACAGGGGUAUAGCAAAAGUAUUUUCCUUUAAAUAUAUAUAAAAAGUAUAUAUUUAUCUAUAAACAUCUAUGUAACUGUGUAAAUUGAGAGCAGUUAUGAAUACCAUGUGAGGAAAGACUCAUGUUGUGUUUAUGCUCAGGUCAUCCUGUCCAUGAUUUGAGGUUUUUUGGAUAAAUAUUAAUCAGCACUUAUGUAUCCUUGUAAGAAUCCAAAACAACCCAUCGGCACAGGACUUUAUGGGUUUGCAGUCAAACUGCCAGCUGUGAAACUUGUGUUAAACCAGACAGAAAUGCUAGAUGCACCCUCCUACUAUAGAUAAGCUGAAUGUGCAAGGUGCUGGGAGGCUGACCACUGUGGGGGAGAAGUGCUCUCUCAUUGAGGGUCCCGUGGAAGUGCCACAUCUCGGCCCCUUUUGCAUAUGUGUGCCGUUGGCCAAACUUCCAGCAUCAUCUCAACCGACUGGUUGAAAAGACUUGUGAAUAUAGAAAGAUGUUGCAAUAUGACAGUAAGCUACAUUGUCACCUACAUGGCUGGAUGAAAGGGCAAAGAACAGAAGGUAGACAGGUGGAUGAUGGUAUUAUUUAAGGUCCCUAGACAUCUGAGGAUUUUAUUGACACUGUCAACUCUCACUGCUUUGAGGUUGGGCAGGUUACACGUCCUGAUGGAAGAAUGAUAUCUUCUAUUCUUUACUCCCCAAUCCCAUACUACCCCAUACUACCUCACCUUCUCCAAACACUACAUGACACAGCACAGGGUUGGCAGAGCCAUCAGCUACCCCCCUGAGUUAAUAUUUCUGUUUUCACACAAGAAAGCCUCUUCAGAAGCUGGAAAAAGCAAAAACAAAUGGCAACUAUUUUUUUGCAAAAAACAGUAAAUAUUAAAAGAUAAUAAUAACAGAGUGGAAUGCUGGAUCUUCUUGUGCUGAGAUCCUAUCUCUCACUGCUGUUCUGUCUUUUCAGAUCAGUUUAUGCCUUCAGAUCCAGGAAGCCCUGGAUAUAUAGAGAUCUAUCUCAAAUAAAAUACUCUGGAGAUACCCAAGCUUUUAUCCAGAUAAAACGUUUAAAUUUGAAGUAGGGAGAUGUAUUAUUUUUCUCUAAAAUGGGGGAAAAGGUAUUUUUUUUCUACCAGUAUCCUAAAGAGGCCAUGAGAAAAGAGUAGCUGUAAUUGGAGAAAAUGUUAUUUCUAUCCUAAGCAUUUUAAGACAAUCACAUGACAGAUUUUGGAUGUAACAUAACAUGUUAUAUUUAGCUUUGGUUUGCUUUGCACUGCUGGGACAGUGCUGUUGGCCAUACACCACAUUAUUUCAUAUAGUUUGAAGUGGGUUUUACCCUUGUCUUGGUACUUAAGAUAGUGGCAUUGUGGGAUUGUGCAAUAAUGUCUUUCCCAUUGUUCUCAAUGUGUUGGGCCUUAGUUGCCAUGUUUUACAGUCAUUUUCACUAGCACUCCAGCACAACAAAUAUUAUUUACAACGUAAUCUACCAAAUACUUAAACAACUUUUUUGCAGAUCAGCUGAAACAGCGAGAUGGCACUUAGAGAUGGUAACAAAGUGCAAUACUUUGUUUGUGGAGCCUGAGAAUGUUAGACAUGCUAGUUUCUAAAGAGUCUGUAUACUCUGGCAUAUUGCAAGCUUAAAAACUGUCCAGAGGGCAGAACUUGUGAUCUGCACUUGCAUUUCCGUUUAGAGUCACUCAGGGAGAUAGCUGGGCUCUCUGACCUACCUAGUCAAGCUAGCAAGACACCUUGCACCAACAUAGAAGACCUUUAAACCUUGAUCACUGUGUACAGUACAUGUUCUUAUGAAUGUUUGAUUACAGAAGUAUCAAAGAUUUUACCCCUGUCUGAUUAUAAUUAUUGCAAGACUUUGAGUCAUAGAGUAAAUAGGAUAUUAAAAAAAUAUAGAUAUAUAUAUAAAAAUGGAUUAUAAUCUCUGAAUUUUGUGUUGGUUUUGUUGUGAUCUUUUGUUUCUUUAUUUUUAUCCUUUUGUGUACUGUUAUUCUUUUCUCAGUUAGUGUCCUUUUUGUCUUGGAGAGAUGUAAUUCUAUUUUUUUUAAAGAGCGUUUUUAAA